AAACUUGAAUAAAAUUAGAUAUAAUAUAGGCCUGUGUUGCUAUAGUGUAUAAGACGUGGCGUAGUACUCAUAAUUAAUAAAUGGGUUGUUAAGGUGUCUUAUACAUCAGUUGUAGAAUUACAAACUGUCCAUUGAAGGAUAAGCCUCCUCUCAAGGAGGCACUGACCACUUGGUCAGCAGGUUUUUGUCACAUUGCAGAUGAUACGUUAUCACACUUUUCAACUUACGGUUGCAAUUUGGCAGUUGAAAGCAUUAUAUCACAAUCUACUGUAAAUAGACCCACUGGCAAAAACCCAUUUUCAAGUGCAGAAGGACAUGUGAUGGGUGUAUAAAAGUGUGCCUGGUCUCACUAGCUCUGUGUACGAGGCAAUCAUGGGCAGAGUACUGUUGGUUUCAGCUCUGGCACUGCUGUUCAGCGUGCAGCUGGGCUCUUCACACAUUCUAUCAUGCUACUUCACCAACUGGGCUCAGUACAGGCCCCCCCCCACCAUCUACAUGCCCAAGGACAUCGACCCCUGCCUGUGCACCCACCUGCUCUACGCCUUCGCUACCAUGAAGAACAACCAGCUGGCCACAUUCGAGUGGAAUGACGUGUAUCUCUACAGCGAGUUCAGCAAACUCAAGAACCAGAACGGAAAUCUGAAGACCCUGCUGUCUGUUGGAGGAUGGAACUUUGGCUCUUCAGGAUUCUCCGCCAUGGUGGCCAGUCCCAGUGCCCGUCAGACCUUCAUCAGCUCUGUGGUGGUGUUCCUGAGGAAGUACGAGUUUGAUGGUCUGGACAUCGACUGGGAGUACCCUGCCAAUAGGGGGAGCCCUCCGCAGGACAAACAGCUGUACUCUGUACUUGUGCAGGAAAUGAGGGCUGCCUUUGAGAAGGAGGCCAAGGAGAGCAACAGAGCCCGCCUGCUGCUCUCCGCCGCCCUAUCGGCUGGACGAGACACCAUCGAGUCAGCCUAUCAGAUCCCUCAGGUGGCUGAAGCCCUGGACAUGCUCAACAUCAUGUCCUAUGACUUCCACGGCUCCUGGGACCCAAUGACCGGGGAGGUUAGCCCACUGUACAAGAGCCCUGAGGACAACGGUGCCUUUGUGUACUUCAAUGUGGACUCUGCCAUGAGCUACUGGCAGACCAAUGGUGCUCCUGCUGAGAAACUGCUGGUUGGAUUCCCCACCUACGGAAACACGUUCACUCUGAAAGACCCUUCCAACCAUGGCAUCGGAGCUCCUAUCUCUGGAGCCGGCACUCCUGGGAAGUACACUCAAGAGGCUGGCGAGCUGGCGUACUUUGAGAUUUGUGGCUUCUUGGAAGGCGGGACUGAGGUUUGGAAUACCGCGCAGGAUGUGCCCUAUGCCUACAAAGGAAACCAGUGGGUUGGCUAUGACAACAUCAAGAGUUUUGGAAUCAAGGUUGACUGGCUGAUUAAGAACAACUUUGGAGGAGCCAUGGUCUGGACCCUUGACAUGGACGACUACCUGGGCACUUUCUGCAACCAGGGCAAAUACCCUCUAAUCAGCGUCCUGCACAAAGCCUUUGGGCUUGAUAAACAAGCUUGCACCCCCUCUGCCACUCCUGUGCCCCCCAUCCCUGGAGUGACUGAAGCUGGUGGUGGUGGUGGUUCUGACAGCGGGAGCUCCUCUAGCGGUGGUUCUUCCAGCGGUGGUUCCUCUAGCAGUGGUUCCUCCAGCGGCGGCUCUUCCAGCAGUGGUUCUUCCAGCGGUGGCAGCUCUAGCAGUGGCAGUUCUAGUGGCCAGAGUGGAAUGAAUAGUGCAUUUUGUGUUGGCAAAUCCAACGGGUUCUAUCCUAAUCCCACAAACAAGAGUCAGUUUUACGAGUGCACUUCAGGAAGGACCUAUUUUCAGAACUGCAGCGGUGGCCUGGUGUUUGACACCAGCUGCAAUUGCUGCAACUGGUCUUAGGCUAUGCUAGGUUGAUUAUCCACAAUCAUCAUUCACUCCAGAUCAUUUGAAAAUACGAUGAGUUAGAACAAUAAAGACAAGUUCUGUAUUCUGUAUUUCAACCCACAUCUGCAUGUGAACUACUGAGUAAUCUGACAUAUUACUUAAUACUUUCUUCUUGAAAUGUAGUGUAUGAAAUGACACCAUAUCCACUUCAAAAUAAAAUCAAAACAAACUUGCA